UAGAAGACUGGCAACAGCACAUUUUGAAAAUGGCGGCCCCGUCAACACGAAAACGUGAGUCCAAACAAAAUCAACGAGAAAUAUUUGAUAGCAUUAAACUUCAAACUAAAGAAGUCAUCCAAAGCCGUAAAAACAUCAAUAACAUCAUCGACAUCCAAUCCAAUCUAGAGAGUGAUGAGAGUGCCGUAGUCAAAGCCAGUAUCAAAGCUUUGGAUAAAAUUUUUUGCCAUUUCAUUGCAAAUGGUUCUCUGUCUGAGCAAGGCCCAGUAUUGGAAACAGAUGCAGAUAAAAAAGUCAGAGAAUGGAGCAGAGAGAGAUAUCAAGAAUUUCAAGAUCGGCUCUUCAAACUUAUUGCUGCAGAGCAAAUCAGUCUUCAAGAACUUUCUCUUGUUCAUCUCAUGCAUCUUUUUCAAGCAGAAGGUCAGCAUCCCCUUCCCAAAUUGCCUGAAGGAAGGGAGCAUAUGUUUCCUCAUGAGUUCCUAGAGAAGCUAAUGUUGCACAUGCUCAGUCUUGAAAAGGAAGCUACUCCAUUACUCACUCGCUUUCAGGAAUUCAUGGAGUAUGAGGACAUUUUGUUUCAUCUUCUUCGUGUCUUAGCGAAAAUACUGAAAGGCAAAAGCAAUGUUGAUGAAAAAUUUCUCAAGAACCUCAUUCAUAUUUUGGAACACAUUACAUUGCACAAUACUCCUCCCAAGGAGGAAGAAAAAACCAAACUUUUUUGUUCCAAUAAAAACCAUUUCAAGUGGAAUUACGGACGAGCCAAACAGUUCUUCAGUAUCAUUUGGCAGCAACUGUUAAAACAUCCUCUGACUCCCAGUCUGUACAAACGAGUGCUUGUAAUUCUGCCGGAAAAAGUUCUUCCGCAUUUAGAUAAACCUUUGUUACUCACAGAUUUUCUAAUGGAGUCGUACCGAAUUGGCGGAGCUGUAAGCAUUCUUGCUCUUCACGGAGUCUUCCUACUGAUGCAAAGCCAUAACUUAGAAUAUCCUGACUUUUACACCAAAUUGUACGCCCUCUUAGAACCAGGAGUGCUUUUCGUCAAAUAUCGCGCGCGAUUUUUUUACCUUUUGGAUUUGUUUAUGACAUCAACACAUAUUCCAGAAUAUAUAGCUGCAGCCUUCGCAAAGCGCUUGUCCCGAUUGGCGCUGAUUGCUCCAGCGAACAUCGUAAUACUACUUCUACACUUUGUAGGCAACUUGAUGAUUAGACAUCGUGGACUUGUACGAUUAAUGCAUCGUCCAGAAGAUCAAAAAGACAUAACUGAUGACCCAUACAUAAUGAGUGAAACGGAUUUGAAUGCUUGCAAAGCAACUGAAAGUUCUUUAUGGGAAAUUAAAACCUUGCAGUCUCACGUAUUGCCAGAGAUAGCAAAUACAGCUAAAUUUAUUGAUCGAGACCUGCCGAAACUUGAAUGGGAUGUUAACCAAGAUUUGGAAACUACUUUGGAAGAUCUGUUGGAGAAAGAGUUAAAGCGUAAAUACCCCACAGACGAUAUUCCGAUCAACUUCGAAAAACCAACCAAGUUUGCCUGUGUGAAACACGAAAAGCUUUCAGCUUAUUUUGAAUUGUGAAAUGUCUCUUUAACAUUGGAAUAAAAAUAAUUUCCGUCACAA